AUGUCGGACGUUGUCUGCAUUCGGCGGCAGCGACAAGAAGUUGUCUCCGUUGUGUUUAGUUCUGACUCUCUUGAUUUAGAUGGUCUCAUUGUCGAGAUCCUCGCACGGCUACCGGCGAAAUCGCUACUCCGAUUCCGGUGUGUUUGCAAAGCAUGGAGGGCAUUGAUCUCCGAAUCGUACUUCAUCAAAAGACACCUCAUCUGCAUCAACAUGAACUUCAGCACCCGCUUCUCUCUUCUUACCAAAGAUCAGGUUUUCCGAUCCGCGGAACACAAAGCAGUAUUGAAGUGUUUCAGCCAUGAUGGUCAUCUUCGAACCAGAAUGCUUGAUUUUCCGGUACUUGAUUCUCGGUUUAAGAUUCCUAAUAUUCAAAUCGUUGGUAGUUGCAAUGGCUUGAUAUGUCUACUGCUUCAUAUUAGUGAUAUGCUUGAUAUUGAUGCUAUACAACAACCCUUUACCUUUAUGUUAUGGAACCCUUGUACUAGAGAAUCUCAGGUCCUACCCCUACCGCCCUUUCAUUCCCCCCAUAGUAACUUUCGGGGCUUCGGUUAUGAUUCAACCACUGAUGAUUACAAAGUAAUACUAGGUUGCUGUAGACCUGGUCAUGAAGUUGUUUUCGUCUUCACGCUAAAAACGGGUUCAUGGAGGAAGCUUGAAAGGCUCAACAGGUAUUUCCAUGUGCUUUCGGUAGGGAGUUUAGUUAAUGAAGCUCUGCAUUGGGUAUUGGAAGAUGGGUUUUUUAUUGCUUCCAAGUUGGUGUCAUUUGAUCUAGCAGAGGAAGAAUUUCAUGAGAUUCCAUUUCCCUUUCAUACCAAUACAUCUAAUGAAUGGGGAAUUAUUGCCAAUGUUGGAACUCUUAAUAAUUGCCUAACCAUGUGCAUUCAAACCACUGGUUCCCAACUUGAGUGCGAUUUUAAGAUGUGGGUGCUGAAGGACUAUGCAGUCAAGAAUUCUUGGACUGAAGUGAUAUAUAUUCCACUUCUAGAAGAUAAGUAUAUGUACGUGGCAUAUAUCUAUGGAAAUGGUGAAGUUUUGAUGUGGGCAACUCUCGAUGGCUUAUUGGCAUUAUACAAUAUGAAGGAAAAGACAUUUCAGAUUGCCAAAAAUAAAAGUGCUUAUGUGCAUGGAACUGCUGUCUAUUUAGAAACUUUAGUUUCGCCAUUAAUUGGCAGUACUGUUGCAAGCAUGUAAGACCAACAUAGGGAAUCACCUUCAGGAGUUCAGGGCACUCCUUUUGUAUGAGAUGCUGAAGUCAUAUGUUGUGUCUCUGUUUUGCUACUGUAUGAGAUGCUGUAGUCAUAUGUAA